AUGAGUGACAUAGAAACAGGAGACCAAGAAGUCAGAGCAGGAGGAAAUACACAAGAUGCUUUUACAGGUCAAGAAACUAUGAAGGAUCUACUUAGAGAGAUGGACAAAGUGAGUACUGAUUAUAAUCCUGAUAUUGCUGCACUAGUUCCACCUAGUGAGUUACUCCUAGGAAGAGGAGAUCCAAAUGAUCCAAGAUUAGCUGAGUGUGUAAUAACUAAUUCAUAUCGGAGAAGAUUGGAGGAAAUAUCAAACUCAACUGACCAUGAGUGA